CUGCUAACUGUUCCGUUGCGUCGGGAUCAGAGGACGCAAAUCAAGUGAAACAAAUCUCCUAACAGGAGAAAAGUUCAUGCUGGAGUUUUCAAAGACCUCAGAGGGCCUUAUGAAGUCCACGCUGAACAUGGAGAGUUUGACCAAGCCAGAGUUGCUGAUGCUUUUCAGCAUCCUGGAAGGAGAGCUGGAGGCCCGGGACCUGGUCAUUGAUGCCCUAAAGGCCCAGCGUAAAGAGCUGUUCAUCCAGGAGCGCUACGCCAGGUACAACCUCAGCGACCCCUUCCAGGCCUUGCAGAGAGACAGUGAGGCCGUCGGGGACCAGAACAAAGACCAGGGCUGUUCCUCCUCUACCUCCAACCCUCUGGUGGUUCUCAAGCUGGUGGUGAGCCACUGCAGGAGGAUGCAGGAGAAGAUGUUGGCCCAGCUGGCUGCAGCGGAAAGCAGGCACAGAAGGGUCAUUGCGGAUCUGGAGGAGGAAAAGAGGAGGCACGCUGAGGACACGGCGGAGGGAGAUGAUGUCACUUACAUCCUGGAGAAGGAGAGGGAGCGCUUACACCAACAGCUGGAGUUUGAGCGGAGCCAGGUGCGGCGGUUAGAAAAAGAACAGCGACGAAUUACUGAGCAGCUCGAAGAAGAACGGGCUCAGCACAAACAGCUCUCCUGCGCUUUGGCCAAAGAGUGCAAGUGGGCAAGUGCCCGGGCUCUGGAGGAAGGUCACCGGCUGACCGAGCUGAGUCGUAAACUCGACAAGGAGAAGGAGUCUUGUCAGGCCCUGAGGAACGAGCUGGAGAAUGAGAGCAGGCGAGCUCUGAGAAUGGAGGCGAGGGUGGAGGAGCAGCUGGCCGAGUUUGACACGGAGCGAGAGCAGCUCCGCUCACGUUUGAAGAAGGAGGAAGCUCACUGCGGUCAGCUGCAACAACAGGUAGAAGAGCUUAAGAGGAAGCUGGAGGAGAGCGUUGUUACGGAGGCCGUCACAGCUCCAGUCCAAGCAGAAGGAAAACAGUGGGCCACAAAAGUUCCGCAACGAGACACGGCGGUAGAAACGAUUACAGUCGAGGACAUCGAGGAAGACAGAAACCAGCAACAUGUGCAGCCAGAGGUCAACGGUCACGACUGUCCGAUGGAAACCAACAGGCACCACGGUCCAAACAACGCCCUCUCAGAGAACAUCUGUGAACAGAAUGAGGAUGAAAAUUCUCCAAUUCAUCAAACCCAGACACCCAACUCCUCCUCCUGCACUCUCCCUACUUCCCCCUGCGACUCGCCCGUCCUUGCCAAACGCUCACCAGGCAGCCCAAGCCCGGGUAGCUACCAGUCUCCCUACCAGGCCGGGAUCAACCAGCGCUUCCACGCUGCUCGCCAUAAGUUCCAGGGUACCAUUGACCCAGAGCCUCAGUCCCAGACCGCACAGACGGCUCUCCCCCUCUCGCCAAAGGAAAUACCCCCCGUGGCCAGUAGCCCCUCCCUAGAAGCCAGCCCAGUCAAGCAGCUGGCUCGGAGCACAGUCACUCAAGUGCUGUCUCGCUUCACCACCGGACAGCAGAGCGCCGCACCGAAGCUCGCAGCGGCGAACAAUUCACCCUUCGGUACAGACUACCGCAGCCUGGCAGCGCCCUUGUCUCCGGUCAUCGGAAGGGCCGCAGGGGCGCUUCCACAAGGGAUCAGAUCACCCACCAUCCCCAGGGCAGACAGGGGCAACCCUCCACCCAUCCCCCCUAAGAAGCCCGGCCUGACACAGGCCCCUCCCUCCCCGGCCACAGUGCCCAGGUCUGCCAGCCACUUCUCUGACAGCCCGCUCUCAGGCAGCUGUGGCCUCACCUCCAGCCAGGAGGGAGUCAAAGAACUGGACAUGGUGGUCUCUUCUAAUUAACUGAUCAUUGGAUCGGUCAUUAAAUUAGUCGGCUGCUUGUGACACGAUCUCAUAAUUAUGAUUGUUGAGAUAUGGUUUUGUACACGACAGGAUUUACAUCCUAUGCUUAUUGAACAGAGGUCCCUUCAAACACUGUUAUAAUUGUAUUUAUUAGAUUGUUUUUAUAUGCGUGGAGGCACUACCUUAGGUAGUGGUUAAAGGGCUGGUACUAAUGAAGAGUUAUACAACUUUUAGUUUCAAAUGUGCCAAUACUUUAUGUUGGGCACACCGUACUAUUACAGUAGAUUAAGUCUUCUUGUGUCAUAUUUCCAAAGAAUACAUAUCAGUUUACCACCUGAAGAGGAUUAUUGUUCCUAGUAUGUUGCUUGUUAUUACAACAAAUAUUGUAAUCCUCAGACCAAAAGUAGUCCUUGGACCAAUGUAUGUUACAAUGUAUGUCUUACGUCAGUGUGCACUCGUAUGUACGUAGCGGUCGUUUUUUAUAAAAGUUUAUUUUAUAAAUGUUGCUUAGUUAUUAAUGUAUGAGGGUGUAACACAACAGUUAAUCUAUUCAGUGCCGUACAGAGCUUUGUUCAUGUAUUACUUUAAUGUUGCGGUUAUGAUUAUCUCAGAUUAUAUGUGGGCACUAUUGAACAAUAAGAUGAGUGAUUCUGAUGCCAUGCCUUUGUCAUUUAUAAGAAAUCAUUAUGAAAACACCUAUUUUAUAGUCAAUCAUGGCUUUGAAUGGUUAUCUCUGCUUUUAUCAGAUCCUUUACAGAACUGUAAAUGCUGGAAAGUGACAGAUAUAAUAAAUGAAUCC